UCACUACCUGAUUUAUCAUACGACAGUCUGAGAACACAUGAUUUUCGAAUACGACAAUAGAUCGAAGAUUUAUAGUAAUUUAUAACAUUGAUGUUGUUAAAACUUCAUUUAAAAGGAGCUCUUCUAUUGUAAACCGCAGUCACAGUUGAUCUCCAUCAUCAUGACGUUUGGAGACCUGUGGGAUCAGAGAAUAUCUGCAUUUCUACUGAGCCCUUCUCAGUUUUUGGCUGCCACUACUGCUGAAAGUUUCCUGGCUGAGCUGUUACGAGAACUGAGAAAUGAUACAGCAAAUGAUCAACUUAAGAUUCUCCUUGCGUCUGUACUACUGGAGCAUCCAACCAUCCUAUGUCCUUCCGUCUCUGUGGGGGAGGAAACUGCCCUGGAACUAAUGUCAGUUUUCACCCACACAGCGCAAAAAUCCAUCAACCUCAAGUGCAAUGUAAUGCUGGCCAUCACUAACAUCAUAAUAUGCACAUCUUGCCUGGCCAGCCGCACAAAGAUGGCUGAGGAUUGGUUAGACCUUCUACUACAAACAAUUCACGAUACAAACGACUACAGAUGUGGGCUAAGCCAGCAGCCUAUUAGAACCACCGCAUGUGAUUGCCUACGUGAAAUGGAGACGUGCAAUCCUGGUCUUCUCUCUCAAAAAUUAGAGGUCCUGUAUCUUCUGAAACAUCAAGAAACAACAGUUCUCCAUCAAUCCUACUGCAUGCUGUAUACAUUAGGGCUGAAGAAUGCCACACGGAUCUUGACGAACCAGAAUGAUGUCACCGAUUUAGAGUUUAAGAGUGUUUUAGCAGGAAACGAAGGAUUUGCGUGGAAAAAUAAUCCGACACCCUUAACCCUGUUGCCAAUAAACAUGAUGGUGCAGGUGCCCACCCUACCACCAGGACUGGAUUGUAAAGAACUCAAAUCCAUAAUGUCCUCGCUUUUAGAGGAGUCUUACCUUCUAACACCCAUUUCCCAGUCCGCCCUGCUCAGGGAUCUCGUGGAAAUCGUAGCCAUGGUGCCAGGACUUUCUCCAGCGCUAUUCAAAUCUCAGCUUCUACGGCUUUUUGGUACUGCAGAGGUCGAGCUCAUGCACGCUACGCUGUUCAUGAAAGACACGUUCACCGACAGCCUGUUCACCGCCGAGGAUGAGAACUUUCUGCUCAAGCGUCUGGUGGGCAUGGCCCAACACCCGCUCCUUCGAAUUCCCGAGAAACUCUUUUAUAUGGACUGCAUCCUUCACUUUCCAGAGAACAGACCCAUAUCCAGCACCUCAGAGGAGAGUUUACCCGUGCUGGUUACGCCCCGUCUGGCCGCAUCUCUUCUUCCGACCGUUUUCAACGACAGCGCUACCAUGCUUUGCAGACUAAACCUGCUCUGUCUGGUGCACUUGGAAGCCGACGAAGGAGAUGCGGACAAAGGAAUUAGUUACUUGUUCGGUCACAUAAUGGCACUUCUGAAAAUCGUAGACAACGAUGGAAGCCGAGAAGUAGUGGUGACCUCAUUUAGGGCGUUGUUUAUUUUUCUCGCGCAUUUCAACGGAAUGGAGGAACUCGCCGAGAAGCUAAUAAACAAACUGUGCGACCUGUAUUCCAGACAUUGUCGUCUGGCUCCACACCUGAUCGGUCUCGCUGACCAAAUCCAGGUACGUCUGGAUGACCCCGUCUGGUCCUUCAAGCUGCUGAGCGGCCUUCAGAAACGCAUCAUGGAAAUGCCUCCGUUGCAGCUGACGAUUCAUAAUUUGAGCUGGCACCUAAAAGUGUUGAAAAGAGUAGCGAAAGAAGGACAGAUUACACAGAGGAACACCGUCUAUCUACUUCUCAAUGUUCUCAUCAAUUCCAACUUGUGCGAAAGAGGAAACUGGCAAGUGGGAAAUGCGGUUCUCGCCAUUUGUCGCAACCUGCUGGAGCACCCUUCCAUCGAUCGAGUGUUUAUCGAGCUAGCUGACCUUUUGCAAUACAUGUCUGCUCACUACGACGACACGGACAUUAAGGAUCACGCUCGCUUCUACUACACGUUGCUCACCAACCUUUCGUGGGAAAAGCUGACGGGGGUUCUCGCCAAAGGGCCCGACGGAGGACGUGCUAAGGAGCGGUCGCAUUCUGCCAUCAUGGCUGAGAGUGAAGGACUUGCCAACAACCUGACGCUACACAAAACUGAACGUCACGUUCUGCAACUCAUCAAAGUGCAGGAAGAAACCUCAAAGAGCACUAUGACAAGUUCAGUGUCAUUGGGUGAAAAUGACGAGGAGAGAAAUUGUUUGGAGGUUUAUCAGGAACAGUUUCAAAAGCCUGGCUUUGGUUCUGAGGUCACAUUGAGGUACAAUCUCACUCAUGCAGAAGAGACCGACGCUUUAUUCGAUAAAAUAUUUACUAUCUGUCUGCACUUUGAGCUGCAAGACUCGAACUAUGGAAAGAUAAGUGAUAUACAUGUCCCGUGUGUGUUUAGAGACAGAAAGCCUCCAGAGGUCAGCGUCAUUCUCAAACCCCAUCAACCGUACCCAACAACUCUGUGCGUCAGUGCCAUAUUUACCACACAAGACAGCCGUUCCUGGCACACGCAGCUGCCCGAUGUAAGCGUUUCAUUCCCAGAGAUAUUUCUUCCUGUACCUGUGCCGCCUAACACGUCAUGCGAACGCAAAGUAGAAGUGUUUGACCGCAUGUGGGAGUCCAUAGCCUCCGGGAAUCCUGACAGGUCUGACAUCAGUCUGUUCUGCUUCGAGAACGGAGAUGAGAGUCUAUGGGAUUUGAUCAAGACCCAUUUUGGAAGUUACCUGAUCGAGGAAAAGCAAAGCGAGAGAUCCUGGAAAGUCUUGUUUUUCCUUCCACCAAUGUUUCAUGUUCUGCUGAUGAUCAGACGGGCGGAGGACGCAGUUCAGGUCAGCAUCGCAACAGACAACUGGGAGCUUUUACCCUUUGUGAACUCCCACCUACAAAACAUUACUGAUGCACAACGGUAAC